GCCUUACGCCGGGGAGCAGACACUAGAGACAGGGGUGUCACGAAGCUCACCGCGCAGGGGCGGCUCGCGGGCCGUCUGGGGCGGAGGAGUUGGCGUGGGGAAGCCGGGUCUGCGAGAAGGGAAGAAUGAGGGGAAAGGGAAGGAACAAGGAUGAAUAUGACUCAAGCCCGGGUUCUGGUGACUGCAGUGGUGGGGCUGGUGGUUGUCCUGCUCUACGCCUCCAUCCACAAGAUCGAGGAAGGGCACUUGGCUGUGUACUACAGGGGAGGAGCUUUACUAACUAGCCCCAGUGGACCAGGCUAUCAUAUUAUGUUGCCUUUCAUUACUACGUUCAGAUCUGUACAGACAACACUACAAACUGAUGAAGUUAAAAAUGUGCCUUGUGGAACAAGCGGUGGAGUCAUGAUCUAUAUUGACCGAAUAGAAGUAGUUAAUAUGUUGGCACCUUAUGCAGUGUUUGAUAUUGUGAGGAACUACACUGCAGAUUAUGACAAGACCUUAAUCUUCAAUAAAAUCCACCAUGAGCUGAACCAGUUUUGUAGUGCUCACACACUUCAAGAAGUUUACAUAGAAUUGUUUGAUCAAAUAGAUGAAAACUUGAAACAGGCUUUGCAGAAAGACCUAAACAUCAUGGCCCCAGGUCUCACUAUACAGGCUGUGCGUGUCACAAAACCCAAAAUCCCAGAAGCCAUAAGAAGAAAUUUUGAGUUAAUGGAGGCUGAGAAGACAAAACUCCUUAUAGCUGCACAGAAACAAAAGGUUGUGGAGAAAGAAGCUGAGACGGAGAGGAAAAAGGCUGUUAUAGAAGCAGAGAAGAUUGCACAGGUGGCAAAAAUCCAGUUUCAGCAGAAGGUGAUGGAGAAAGAAACUGAAAAGCGCAUUUCUGAGAUCGAAGAUGCUGCGUUCCUGGCCCGAGAAAAGGCAAAAGCAGAUGCUGAGUAUUAUGCUGCACACAAAUACGCCACCUCAAACAAGCACAAAUUGACCCCGGAAUAUCUGGAGCUCAAAAAGUACCAGGCUAUUGCUUCUAACAGUAAGAUCUACUUUGGCAGCAACAUCCCUAGCAUGUUCAUUGACUCCUCUUGUGCUUUGAAAUAUUCAGAUGUUAGGACUGGAAAAGAAGGCUCCCUCCCUUCUAAGGAGGCUCUUGAACCCUCUGGAGAGAGCCUCAUUCAAAACAAGGAGAACACAGGUUGAUGCAAGAGGUGGAAAUGUUCUCCAUAUCAAGAUAUGUGGCCCAAGGGGUUAAGUGGGAACAAUGGUUGUACGGACUCUUCAGUUUUACAGAGAACGUGUGCUUCCUCUGUUCUGCCUCUCCUGUGAUAGUCUUGAUUUGUCAGCUGAUUGCAGGAUAGAGCCAGCUGUCUGCCACCCAAAAUGGACUUUUCAGCCACAGUUUUAUCAAGUAUCCUAUAUGUGUUCCUUUCUAAACUGGUAUUCAUGAACAAGGGAAAGUCUGAUGCUAAGAUGCUGCCUGCGCUGGAAUGUUAGACACUAAAUAUAUAACGAGCUGUGUUUUUCUAAGCUGAAA